AUGAGAGCUCAGAACUAUCCCUUCGUUGCCACGCCCUCACAAAACAAUCAACGCCCUGCAGAGCUGCCCCUCACAGCCGGCGCGCGUGUGGGUCUCGACGCAAGCAGGUUUUUGCACGUCGCCCGGUACACCAACGCCGCCGGCAAGAACAAGACCCUGAAUAUUCCUGCCACCCUGCGGUCGGCAGACGACACGCAGCGCGGCGCGGUCUCUGGCAAGAUCCUGAUUGUCUUCCCCAAGGGCACCAACUGCUCUUUCAGCAACAGCGCGCUCGAUAAGAAGGACCCCGGCUACUCAGCCCUGAAGACUGCCGUCGCGGGGAUCACUGUGGUCGGCAUCCCCACCAGCGGCAGCACCCGUGGCUUUGGCGUGUCGAUCGCCGCCUUCUCGGGCAGCGUCGCCGCCCCCAAGCCCGCCAACGUCACCGCCGCCUUCAGCGUCGGCCAGGCUGUCCUUGAUGUGGCCGCUUCAAACAUCAGGCUCGCGCCGGGUGGCUCCAGGGCUUUCAGGCCCAGGUACAAAUUCGCCUCUGGCUCUGUGGACUUCAACCCUUGCAGGUGGAACAGGCUUGUGGCUGGCCAGGACUUGUCAGGCACUUUCGGGAUCCCUGUGACCACCCUUGCCGCCCUGCCGGCGAUUCGCUCGGUGUCGCCCUGCAACCUGGCCCUGAAAAAUAUCAACAACGUCCCCACCUUCACGCUGCUGUGCCAGAAGUGGAGGAUCCAGGCAAGUGGGGCCAGUGUCUGGCUCGCGAAUUACGUCGGCACGGACCUGACGGCCGGGAUCGCCUUCAGUCAGUCUCCUGACAGGACGGCCAUCUCAAUCAAGGGCUCCAUCCCCCUGACUUCUGCCAAGAAGUUCUGA